AUGGCAGGCCUUGGCUAUUCCGUUGUCGAGAGCAGCCUGAAUGAAUUUUACCCUUCUUCAAUUGCUCUUGGAAACAGUACAAACCAGAACACACACGCUUUUACGACUUUCACGCUAGACAAAAACACUCCAGUGGCAACAUUGGACUAUGGAUACGAGGUCGCUGGUUAUCCGUUCUUCCAAGUUUCAAGCUUCAAAGGAAAGGUUCAGCUUGAAUCAAGAUACACCGAAGAUCUUGGGGACAUAGAUUUGCCCUUCUCUGACGGUCCCUUCUCCUUCGGCCAAGGUCUCACGAACAGCUAUAGAGUAGAGACAUUUGAGGUCACAUCAGCAUGUCAACUAAAGUCCUACCUAGCUCAAGGCGGUCAACGCUGGCAGACCAUCCGCUUGCUCACCUCAGGUUCGGUGACCUUUACCAAGGUCGGAUUCAAGGCAACUGUCGACAAGCUAGAUUACAACAGCCUACCUGGGCAAUUUACAUCAUCGAAUCCUCUGUACAACGAGAUCUGGAAACUCGGCGCCCGUGCCUCUGGCGCUUCGUGCUUUGCAGCAGGCGCGUACAAGGCCAUAUGGGAGACGUCUUCCGACAAUGGCGUGUUCAUCAGAGGAUCCCGCGCUGGUCUUACCACAAAAGCGGAUACCUUCGAGAAUUAUAAUCUCACGUUUUCAGCUAAGAUCCAGCGCGGUGGUAUUGGUUGGACAAUGGCCUACCCUGUAAGCACGAGAUGGGGCGGCCUUCAACUGAAUCUGGCUGGCAACUAUCCUGAGUCCACCACUUUUGCGAACGUCAAUAGAACGCUGCUUCCGCCUAACACAGUUUCUCUGGCUUAUGGCUUCAAUCUGGUGAAUCAGACCACGCUUACCUCCUACUAUCUCGACAACUUCAAGGUCCCUUUCCAAGUCAAAGAAGGCCAGUGGUACUCCAUCUCUGCAGCAAUGUAUGAUGGAAACUAUCUUGCUGUAUCAGUCAACGGAAAGAAAGUCUUCAACGUCACUCUUGACAACUACUACACGGGAACUCCUCCAGCUAGUACCAAGGGCUCUUUUGGCUUCGGCGGAUGGCAAGACCAAGCUGGAUACGUCAAAGAUGUCAAGGUCAUCUCGAGCAAUGGCACUACCGUCUACACCAACUCCAUGACUAACGCCUCAGCGGUCUUGCCCGAAUUUGGCGUCCAGUCAAACACAGCCGACAUCUGUAUGGAUGGUGCGAAGCGUGACAGAUUGGUUUGGCUCGGAGACUUUUACCACACGGCUCCUAUCAUUGGUACCUCAACCAACCGCAAGGACUAUUCUGCUGGUACUCUUCAGACGUUCUUGGACUGGCAAUUGCCAUCCGGACAGCUCCCCCUCAACACGCCGAUCGGUUACCCGGGAUCUGCAACCUUCACCUUUGCUGAAUACUCAGAAGCUUUGGGCUACUAUUACGCUCUCGAGGAUUACCAUAUUCUCGGUCUGCUUGCUUUCAGUUCUCACAUGCGCUAUAAUAACGAUAUCGCUUUUGCUACGAAGAACUGGGCGCAGUGGAAACUUGCUGUCCAGUAUCUUAUUGGCAAGAUUGACAAGUCUACAGGACUUGUGACGAUCAGUUUCGCCUUCUUCGGCGAUGGUGCAGGUCUCGCAGUCAACUCUGCUUCAGUACAAGCCUUCAAGGAACUAGCUGUCGUUGCCACCGCUCUUGGAGACACAAGUUCAGCCCAAGCUUGGUCUGCAGUGGCCGCGACUCUGAGUGCGACCAUUCAGUCCAAGUUCUGGCAGCCCAGUCUAGGUCACUUCAGCGACAACCCGCAGAAUGUGACCAAGCUCUCGGUUCAAGGCUUGUCGUUUGUCAUUACAUCUGGCAUUGCAUCAGCUUCUCAAGCCAGGUCCUGCUUGGAUGCGUUGACUGCUUUGAAGCUCUCGCCUGGCUACAAAGACUUGACUACGACGUCAUCAGAGGGAAUCGUCGACAUCUCGCCCAACACGAACGGAUUCCUGCUCUCGGCGCUCUUGCAGUCUAACCGCACGGCCGAAGCGAAAUACCUCUUCGACAAUCUGUGGGCAGCUAUGAUCAACAAUGAUACGACACACAGUGGUGCAUCUUGGGAAUAUGUCAACACAAAUCUGCAGCCUGCACUUUCUCGCUACACCAGUUUGUCGCAUCCUUGGGGUGGAGCUCCGACCUAUAUUUUCACUGAGCACGUCGCCGGGAUUCGGCCAGUGACAUUUGGACACCAGACCUGGGUUAUAUCGCCAGCGUACACAGGCUUUGAUCUCCAAUCUGCCAGUGCCCAGGUUACAACGCCAUACGGCGUGCUCAGUGUGAAAUGGAGCGUAGGAAACGGCAAGAUCAACGCAGUUGUGAAUGCACCAGCCGGCACUUCUGGCACGUUUGUCAUCAACAGAGCUUUGGCAAACUCGACCAAGCCUAAUACGGUUGUGCAGAUCAAGGGCGGUAUGUCGCCAAAAGUCCUGUGUCUGGACUUGUAG